AAUUGACGAGAGAAAAAGAGGGAGGGGAAGCGGGAGGGGAGGGGGGUGUCUGUGUGUGAAAAUCCCAGCGAAAGAAAGCGGGAAGAAGGAGAAGACGAACGACGAAAGGACAAAGAAGCACGAAAGCCACCCUUGUACCGAAGGGUAGGGUCUGUCUGUCUGUCUGCCUGCUGUGUCAGGUUGCCUCUCUGUUGUCUCUCUCGUGUCACCAUACAUUACAUACCACACACAACACGCAAUACGCUCGGGCAGUCGGGAAAUCGGCAGGCAGGCAGGCAAGUUGGUGGGUCGUCACUGUCGUGAGUGACCCACGAAAACAACAACAAGAGCAACAUGACAACACUAGGAGGGUGGCUCGCUGACUCACAGACAGGCCUUUCCUUCGUUCCUUCCGUUGCUGGCUGUCAGGUCAUCCAUCCAUCCAUCAGGUCUCUGCUGUCCAUCUGUCUCUGUCUGUCUGUCUGUGUGUCAAGUAGGCCGCCGGCACACCAGGCCACACUACGCCAUGCAAUGCAGUGCAAUGAAACUCACCCACGAAUUCAGCCAAUCACACAUUGAGCAUCCAACCUAGCCCACCCAGAAUGAGUCCCAUCCGUCCGUCCAUCCAUCCAUCCAUCCGUCAGCCAGACAGCCAGCCAUCCAGCCAUCCAGCAAUCCAAGAGUGAAAGUACGUAUGAACGUCAAAUUAGUGCCCCCCGUCGCCGGCGUGAAACGCCGACGCGAGGGCAGUCACGUCUGUCUGUCCUCUCGUCUGUCCGACGUGUCUCUCUCACUUCUUCUUCUUCUUCUUCUCUUCGUUUGUCCUUUCUCCUUUGUGUCUCCAUCACAAAGCGACUACGUUCGUCCAUCCAUCCAUCCAGCCAUUAAUUGCGCACAGACAAGACCGACAGACAGAUGUGGAUAGACAGCACCACACACGCAUACAGAAGGCAUACACACACAGUAGAUAAGGAAGGAGCACCUACAUACACACGCACAUAUAUAGGUAGGUAGACAUCUUACGUAACGACCCGAACACUGGCAGGCAGAUAGACAGACAGACAGAAAGCGGGCCCCAGCACAGACGGACAAACAUACAGUGGUAGACAGCAAGCGGGGAAGACCGCACGCAACUCCGCCCCUAUUGCAGACAGACCCGAAUACCGACCAACCAACCAACCAGCCACACCACACCAUCCAUCCAUCCAUCCAUCCACACAGCACACAGUAGUAGUCAUGGACCAAUAUGCAUAGCCAGAGCCACCCAGCCAUCCACCCACCCAUUCACCCUCACAUCAAGCCAGCCAAGUAAGGCAUCACCCCAGAAAGUGACGAGCCGGGAUCGCAUCGAUCCACUCACCCAUCCGUGCAUGCGUCCCGAUUGACAACAAGCCACUUCGUUGCCAGACGUACAUACAAUGUGAACGCUUUUCAGUUGCUUCGGUGGUUGGUUGGUUGACACGUAUGUAUGAGCCCUCUCCCCCCAUCCCAUGCACCCCCUCCCAUCCCAACGGUCAGUCAGCCAGUAACCCAAUCGUGAUGCAUGGGCGCCCUCCCUGCACACACAUCAAGACGCAUACACCACCAAGACACAUACACAAGUCUGUCUGGAGGUGAGUGGAGGGCUCAUCGCGUCGCUGGCUCACCACUGUGUCGGUUCGCUGAGUCAGUCGAUCAGUCAGUCUCGUCUGUUGUCGGGCCUGCCCCCUCCCGUGUGCGAGUGCUCCCGGUGGUGUCCGUGCACUGGGAUGAAUCGCCUCUUUCCCGUGCUGUCCCGGUCACCGUUGCUGCCCCACGGCGAGCCGUACUCCAUCAGAUGGUGGGCUGGGUGGUGGUGAUGCUGGUGGUGCCCGUAGCCCUUGCCAUAGUCGUCUCGCUGCACGAACCGGCGCGUGGGCGCCUCGGCGAGAGCAGCCGACCGGUGUGUGUGUGUGGCCGUGGAUGGAGUGUCGCGCUCGCGAGUGGGUGGGCGGUCGCGUGUGGGUGCGGGGAAUGGCUGUGCCACACCGUUGCGGAACAGGAUGGGCUUGUGGUCGGGAUUGGGCACGGACAUCAGCUGAACAAACGAACCACACGGCAGCACGAGGGAGGGACAAGUGAUAGGCGUGGUGCGUAUUAUGCCAUGCAGGUCUUACGGCAGAGUUUCUGAAGUGGUCGAUGUUUGCGUCGAGGCCCUGGAUGUGCGCCCAGCACACCUCCGAUACCUGAGGACACACAAUCCACCCGUCCGUCAUUCAUCAUUCGUGUGCGUGGCGCAUUCGUGUAUGCGUGUGUGUACCUUGUUGCUUUUGAAGUGGCUGAGUUUGUGUCCGUUGAACUGCUUGGUGAACGAAUCCGCAAACGACGGAUGCAGGAAAUUCAGAAACGCGUAGCCGAUGUUGCCUGAAGCAGGUAAGGAAGAGCACACAGCAAGUGAACGUCUGUCCACCACCAGCCGCGCAUGUCGCUGGCUCUGGUGUACGUUUGUUUCUGAAGUCGAUGGGCAGGUAGAAGAAGUCAUACAGACCCUGACGCACACACAAGAGGACAACAGACAAUUGCUGCCAGCUGUAUUGAUUGACGUGGCAGCUGUGUUGCUCACCUUGUAUUGGGGGUCGACGAUGGACUUGAGCAGGCUGACGGUGUACUUGCAGGGGAUGUUGCGCCACAUCACUGUAGUCUUGCCCUCUGUCGUGUCCACCAAACCAUCUGAUAUCCCAUACAAACGGAACACAACACCUAUGAUGCAUGUGUGCCUCAUUUUCUCAUUCUCCCCUGGCAUACCCAUGUUGGGCAUCGGGACGUAGUCGGGAUGGCUGGGCGACACCUCACCAACGUACGUCUCCACCGCAUGGCCCCACCCCUCCUUCCUCGGCAGCACGGGCCGCUCCUGAGGCGUCGGCGGCCGACGUCCACCUCGCCCGUCACCGCGCAGGGGCGUCAGCGGCGUGCGGGGCGUGGCGCCCUCCCGCUUGUGUGGCGGCACAUACUUGCCCGGUGUGCUGCCGGGCGUCAGAGGGGUCAGCGGGCCGCCCGAGUCAUCGGCCGACCGCGGCAGACGCGAGCCGUCGCUGACCGUCCGUGGUGGCAUGUCCACACGCACCGUCAGGACGUUGCGCUCCCGCCAUGCCGCGUGCUGCGGCUGGCGGGGCAGCUGCUCGACGCUGGUGCGGCGGUCGGGUAUGCCGAUCUGCAGCGGGUCGAUGGGCGUGUUGGGCGAUUCGUCUGAGCUGCUCGAGCCGUUGGAGCGGCACGUGUUGACGGCAAUUCGUGGGUUGCGUGAGUACGGUGGUGAGGAUGCGGGGUUGCUGGGCGAGAAUGACGAGUGCGUGGUGCUGGUCUGGUCGCGGAGUGACGCCAGAGGGUCGGGGAGGAACUGGAACGUGUCCGGCGACAGGCUCGCCACAUCGUCAGCCGCCCAGUCGGGUAAAGGCUGCACACACACACACACACACACAGACAGACAGAGAGAGAGAGAGAGAGAGAAUAACAAGUGGUUGUCUGCAUUGGACUUGUGUGUGUGCUUCUCGCCUCGUCUCACCGAGUCGUCAGAGCUUCGCUUUGCCCCCAGCCGAUACCCAUUGUUGUUGUGGUUCUUGUUGGUGGUGUUGUGCCCGUUCCGCCCUGCCUCAUUGUUGUCCCCCCACCCUCGCUCAACCCUGCCGUAGUGGCCCCCGCCCCACACACCGCCGCCCAGGCUCGGUGGCAUGGGGGAGGGCGGGGCGAUGGGCAGCGGCGACUGCAUGCCAGGAGGCAUCUGAAUGGCGUCGCCGUGGUGCAGGAACGGCGUGCGGUUGGGCUCGCUCUGGGUGGCCAGCACGCCGUGUGAGAGUGUCCGUGGCCGCUCCUCGUCUUCAAAACCGGGAGGAGCGCCAACCGCAGACAUGCCGACGCCCAUGGACGGCUGCACGUUGGUCGUGUCGAACGGCGAGGGCGUGCCCGGCGGUGACGGCGUGGCGGCGAGGCCGUGCGGCGGGUCGAGCAGACCCCACGAGAAGACCGACUGCGGUGUCAGGUAGCGGCUGUCACUCAGGCCGGUCUGGUCGGCCAAGAACGCCGACUCGCGCGGCGCCGCCCCCUCGCUCACAUCUGCUGAUCGGUUGCGCUUCAUGUCUGAAGGUCGCAACUCAGGUGUGGGGGGCGGCGGGCGGAUGGGGCCGGGACGGAUGGAGGAUGAUGAGGCCGUCGACGAGGGGGUGAAGCCCAGGCCGAUGUUGAGUCCCAGCGACAUCGGGCUGGCGUUCGGCAGCUCCCGCACAUCCUUGCCCUCGCCCAGCACGAGCACGUCCGGGUGCGUAGACGGCGACAUGUGCUUGGCGAUGCUGAUGACGCUCUCACUGCAGGCAUCUGGGCUAGACCUCGAUCGCGUGACGAACGUGGCCUCGUCGAUGUCCCAGCCGAGUGUGGCGGGUGGUGAGGGUGAGGGGGGCAUGUUGUGCGGGAAGAAGCUGGAGGGCGACGCGUUGGAUGCGGCGGGCGUGUCGUCCAAAAAUUUGAGGUCGAUCUCGGACUUUGAAGUCGGUGGCGGUGGCGGGAUCACCUCGGGAAGGACGAGACUGCACAAGGGCAAGAAACGAAGGAGAGGUGAACACACGAGGCCCUCAUGUGCGUCCGUCUGUCUGCGCCUACCGGUCAUGUGCACUGGCUGCUGUGGUCGCCUUCACGUCGGCUGUUGUUAUCUGGUGGCUGUUGCUGUCACUCAUGGUCGUCUGUCGCUGGAAAGCGGGGCGCUUGUGGCAUUCACAAGGGCACGGAAGCACGGAGAAGAAGGGCACACUAGCCGAUUCACGAUGAGGAAGAUGAAAAUCGGACACUCGCAGGGACGUUUCUGCGUCAGGCCGACCGAAGAACCUGACGACACACAUCCACACAGGGAGACGGGCGGAGAAACGAGCGAGACGGACAUGCAUGGUCACCAUAGGCUCACGCCUCUCUCCCUCCCCACCUGCUCACCUCAGUCACUGUAAGGGCGCGAGUGCCACGUAAAGCACAAGAGGGGAUGAAGGCCAGGGAAAACAGGUCUCGCAGAUGGAAGGAAGGGCUGGCUCUGUCAGUUGUCCCGAGUGACCGACAGACUCAGCACGCGAAGCAAAACGCCAACAGGCCUGCCGGAUGAGAGGGAACGAGCUGGCUGAAAACUUUCAUCCGCUGGGAUGCGCACAGUCAGAAGGGUGACGGGAUGGGGGAGACGGCAGCUCGAUUGCUCGACAGAGGCGGAUGGCAAGCAGGCAGACUGGCGAUGACGCGAAUCAGUGGAUCACGAGACAGACCGGGGAGGGAGGAGAGUGCGUGGCCUGGGACGGGGACUGCAAGCAACCACGACCGACAGGCGAGGCUGUCUUGUCUGGUGGGUUGAGGUUACGCCUCCCUUGCGUUGCGUUCUAGAAGUGUAGAGGUCGGGAUAACAAAU